GCCACAGGACUCUUCUUCGCUGAGCUCAAGUCGCGCUGCGCCCAACUCGGGCCGCGCAGCAAGCUCAACAGCGUCGAGAGGGCGUGGAUCUCGGCGACCGGAAAGCGAUUCUGAAGCAGCGGAGGAGAGCGCUGCCGACGAGGAAGAGGAGGAGGGUCACGAGGGUGGCAGCGAGGAGGAUGCCGAAGAGGAGGAGGAGGAGGGGGAGGAGGAGGAGGAGGAGGAGGAGGAGGAGGAGGAGGGCGAGGAGGAAGACGGUGGCGAGGAGGACGGCGACGAGGAGGAAGAGGAGGACGAGGAUGAGGACGAAGAGGCAGCGGGGGAGGAGGAGGAGGAGGAGGACGAGGACGAGGAUGGCCUCCCGAUCGUCCGCAACGAGGACGGCGAGGUGGAGUAUGCUCCCCAGCCGGCGCCGUACGACAGCGCCGAGCUGGCCGAGGUGCAGAGCCUGCUGCGCGGCGAGGACACGGCGGACGACGCGUCCCGCUGGAAGCCGCUGGCGCUGCCGCCGCCGCCGCAGGGCGGCGGCGCGAGGAGGGUGCCCGCCCCGCUGCUUGGCGAUCUACUCUACGUGGCGGGCGUGCUGCGCGCCUUUGGCCGCCAGCUUGGGCUGGGAGAGGUGCGCGUGGACGCGCUCGACGCCGCGCUAGGGGGCGGCGCGACGACCGCGCUGGCGAUGCGGCUGCACGUCUCGCUGCUGCGCCUCCUCUUUGAGCCGAGUGCGGCGCUCGCGCGCUCGCACCCCGCCUUUUGCCACGCCCUGCGCAACCUCUCCGCACUGACGUGGGCUGAGGCGCUCGCAGAGGCGCGGCAGGCGACCGCCGAGCUCGCCCUCGCCGUGCGAGGGCUGAGGAGUGGCGAGUACCACACGCUGCCCCCGGAGCGGCGCGUCCUCGCCGCGAGGCUACUCGCUGAGCGCGCGGCCGAGCACCCGUCGCUGCGCGCGUCGCUGGAGCGGCGGGCCGAGUGGUACGAGGCGCAUGAUUGGGCGUGGGAGCCGGCGAUGCUGCUCGGCAGGCUGCAGUGUUGGCCGCCGCACCGGCUGCUGCGCUGGGAGCCGCUCGGCAGGGACCGGCACGGGCGAGUCUACUGGCUUCUCGACGGUUCCCUCUGGGUCCAGCGCCGAGACGCGUCCGCCACAGACGAGGCUGCAGACCCGAGCCUCUCCGGUGGGAGGCCGGGGGCAGGCGUGCCGGGCGUGGCCACAGUCCGGUACGGCGGGGAGGACUUGCAGGCGGUGGCCGCCGCGCUGUCCGCCGCGGCGGGGCCGGCGCACGCCGCGGACUGCGCCGUCGUGCCGUCGCUGGAGCUGUUUCGAACUCCUGUAUCACAGGCGCAGCUUCCGCGCGAGCUGCUCGGCGAAGGGUGGGGCGAGCGGCGCGCCGGCUGGGUGGCGGAGCUCAAGGCAGAGGGGCUGGCCGCCGCCGGCUUCGCGGCGCGGUUGCUCGAGCUCGAGGACGCGCUGGUAUGCGACGCGCUCACCCGCCGCUGGCUGGCCGAGGCGAUCCGGUGCGACAUGUGCGGCGGUGCCGAGGACGAGGCGCAGCUGCUCAUGUGCGACGCGUGCGACCGCGCGACGCACACGUACUGCGCGCGCCCCGAGCUGCCGGCGGUGCCGAGCGGCGACUGGUUCUGCGCGAGCUGCACGCUGCAGCGCGCCGUCGCGGAGCGGUGCGGCGACGUCGUGGCGGGCUCCGCGCCCGUCCUCGAGGAGCUGGCGUGGGCGACGCACUCGAGCCGCGAGCUCUGGCGCGCCAAGGCGGCGCUGGCGCGCACGUCAGCGCAGCUCUUCCUCCACUUGCGCGAGCUGGUCGACGCGCUGGAGCGCCCGCGGCUGCGGCCGCUGCUCGAGGCGUCGCUCGAGUGGCAGCGGCAGGAGAAGGCGGCGCGCCGCCGCGCGCUCCUCGACGAGCAGGCGAGCCGCUCGGAGCUCAAGCAGCUGGCGCGCGAGCAGCGCGAGGUGUACAAGCUCGUCGAGUCGCUGGUCAAGCGGACCGAGCGGCAGGCGGAGAAGGACGCGCGGCAGGAGGUCGUCGCCGCCCAGAAGGAGGAGUCGCGGCAGGCGAAGCUCGCCCUCGCGGCCGAGCGGCGCGCCGAGGAGCAGCGCAAGCGCGAGGAGCGCGAGGAGGAGCGGCGGUGCGCCGAGGUGAGGCGGUGCGUCGAGCGGCUCGUCAAGCAGCUGGAGCGCGAGGCGGAGCAGGGCGAGCUCUACUGCAUUUGCCGCAAGCCGUACAACCCGACAUGGUUCUACAUUUCGUGCGACACGUGCGGCGACUGGUUCCACGGGAAGUGCGUCGGCAUCAACGCGAAGCAAGGCAGCCGGAUCGUCGAGUACGUCUGCGACGCGUGCUCGCGCACCACCGGACGGACCACUCGCUGGGUCUCUGGCGCGGCCGGAGACCCGGCGGCGGCGGCGGCGCCGAGCCGGCACAGCGGCCGCGAGAUCAAGCGGCCGUCUCUCCCGGCGGCCGGCGCGAGUGUGCCCCGCCCCGCGCCGAAGCCAUCGGCGCCAAAGUACCCACGCGUGCGGCUGAAGCUCCACGUGCCUCCCGGCGAGAUCCCAGCGGGCGGAUACCCGCGCGUGCGUCUGCGACUCGAGCGCCCGGGCGAGAGCGGCGGCGCGGCGGGCGGAGGGAGCGGAGAGGCCGCGCCAUCAGAGGGCUUUGCUCCUCCCGCGGUCCAGCCGGCGCCCUCGGAGGACGAGCAUCCGCGCGAGCAGCCACCAUCGGCCGAGGUGGUGGCGCCGGCUGAGUCGAGCGGGCUGGACGAGAUGGAGGACCUCCUGAUGCGCGCGGAGAACGCGCCGCCGCCUUCCCUGCCGCCCUCACCGCCGGACUCGCCAAGUGCCAGCGCUAUGCCGGUGGCGACAGCCCCGCCUUUCCUUGAGCUCGCUGCCGCCGCAGUCGCUCCGAUGGUCGUCGCUCCCGCUGCUGUCGAGGCUCCCCGCUCGCUAGCCUCGAGGGUCGCUGCGGCCGCCGCCGCCCUGCCGCACUCUGGGAGCGAGCAGGCGUGGAAGCCGUCGGUGGGCGGCCGCGCCGAGGUAGCGCUGCCCGACGAGGGCCUCGAGGGGUCGUGGUAUUCGGCCGAGGUGUGGCACCGGCGGGGCUGGUGGCCCGUGUCCGUGCUGCGGGCCGUGGGCGAGGUCGGCGUGUGGGAGCUGGAGCUGUGUGGCUACGAGGAUGGCUUCUUCGGCUCGUGGUACACGGCGCGCGUCCUCGAGACGCGCGAGGCGCGCGGCGCCGGCAAGCUCCGCGUGCGGUACGACGCCUUCCGUGAGGACGACGGCUCGACUUGGGAGGAUUGGGUCGAGCUCGAACACGUGCGGCCGCUGCCGCCGCGCCACAAGCCGCAGUUUGUCACCGAGCUGGACGCGUCGGCGCCCCUGGAGCUCCUCUUCAAAGAAGGGGCGGGCGGCGGGAGGCACGCCGUCGUCGCGCCGCAGUACAAUGUGCACCACACAGUGCCUGCCUCGCAGCUGCGGCCGGCGUGGCGUUGGGCCGCCGCCGAGCGUACUUGGGACGUGCGGCUCGAUUCCAGCGACGCACCCGCCGCUCCGGCACCAAAGCCGACCAAGGCGUUCAAAGUGAGGGCCGCACAGCCUGCUCCCUCUCGGACGCGGCUCUGUGUCGGCGUCUUCUUUAUCGUUUAA